AUGGAUGUCAAUGGCCCUAAUUCCUCAGGAGGCGGCAAAAUAGAGCGCGCGGGGUGUCCGGGAAUCUGUGGCCCGCAGGCCGCGACCACAUCAACCCUGUCUUUCUCAAGCUUCCGCAACUCCUUCACCACCAAUGUCAAUUACCUGAAACGAAGAUUCAGCUCUGGGGACCUGCAGUCUGAGUGCGAUGAGGGCGAGGUGGACCCCUACACCGGCCGCCCGGCUACCACCAGCCAGCCCAAGCCGCAGAAUCAGAGGCCGGCCUCCCAGGCGACUGGAGGCAGCAUCGGCAGCGGCUCUGGCGUACCAGCGCCGGCCGCAGCCGCGACAGCUGGUGGAGAUCUCUCGCUGAACUUGCGAGGAGGCUCCCGCGGGACGUCCGCGCCCUCUUCACCGGCCAAGUCCAGGGAAUCUCUGCUGCAGCGAGUUCAAUCUCUCACUGGGGCUGCUAGAGAUCAGGGCGCUAAUCUCCUAGGGAGUGUGACAUCAGUGGCCUCUGUGGGACGUGGCUACAACCGAGACCGCUGCGUAACGCUGCUGGUGGUCGACGACCAGAACACCGACUGGUCCAAGUACUUCAGGGGUCGCCGCCUGCCUGGAGAGUGGGACAUCCGAGUAGAACAGGCUGAAUUCAGGGAACUGUCGGUGACGGCCAACUCGGACGGGGCCAACGUGUCUAUGGCGGUGUACCGCAGUGGUACCAAGGUCACUCGAUGUUUCAAGCCGGAGUUCGUGCUGGUCCGGCAGAACGUGCGCGACGCGGGCACCGACCACCGCGCGCUGCUGCUCGGCCUUAAGUUCGGAGGCGUACCCUCCAUCAACAGCCUCAACUCCAUCUACCAUUUCCAGGAUAGACCAUGGGUCUUCGGCCAUCUGUUGCAACUACAGCGUCGCCUGGGAAGGGAAAACUUCCCAUUAAUUGAGCAGACCUACUAUCACAAUCACACAGACAUGGUAACAGCUCCGAAGUUCCCAGUGGUAAUCAAGAUAGGUCACGCGCACAGCGGAGUGGCCAAAGUGAAAGUGGACUCUCUGGCCGACUUCCAGGACAUCGCUGGAGUGGUGGCCAUGUUGGGCACCUACUGCACCGUGGAGCCCUACAUCGACGCCAAAUACGACAUCCACAUACAGAAGAUAGGCACUAACUAUAAAGCUUUUAUGCGCAAAUCCAUAUCGGGCAAUUGGAAGACCAAUCAGGGCUCGGCCAUGUUGGAGGCUAUCGGCAUGAACGACAGAUACAAGAUGUGGAUCGACGAGGUUAGCGAAAUCUUCGGCGGCUUGGAGGUGUGCGCAUUGGAGUUGGUCGUGGGCAAGGACGGUCGCGAACACAUCAUCGAACUGAACGACUCUGCCACCUCGUUCAUGGGAGACUCUCAGGAAGAGGACCGCCGCCAUCUUGCCGAGCUCGUACUGCAACGCAUGCAAGCCGUAUGUAGACCUGGCAUCACAAAGACGACGUCGCGGUCCUCUGUAUCUGGCAGCUCAGCAGCUGCGUCGCCAGAAGAGAGGUCGAUGCCGCUGCCAGGGUCUGGUCCGCCGAGCGUACCACCGCCCGCACCACUGUCGUCCGCUGCCAGCAUCGACCGGCCGCUGCCGCCCAUCCCAGCUGAGCCGUCGCAGCCGCCGCCGCCACCGCUCACCAGGCGUGACUCUCAAGCAUCGCAGUCGUCCACCGUGUCCUCCGCGUCGGCAGCGCCCAGUACGGCCAACAGCGCAGCCCCGAGCGCCGCGGCCCCGUCGGGCUCCGCCGCGGGCCGCGGAGGCUUCGCCCGCCAAGGCUCGCUCAGCGCCGCACUCACCGAGGACGCUGAGGACACCAUGAAGAACCUCCGGAAGACCUUCGCUGGUAUCUUUGGGGACAUGUAAACGUAGAUCGAUGUUAUUGUUCGGACAACAACGUAGCACCACGCUAAGAUACAUGUCGCUUUAGAAUCGUUUGUACAUUUUUGUAAGACUUUUUAAACUUUUCAGUGGAAGCUUGAAACCAAUAUAAAAAUUUUCAGGCUCAUAUUCUAGCUAUCCAUGGUACGUGAUGCGUGGUACCUAUGUGAUGCGCGUCAGUUUCCCGAACAAUAACUGAUGAAAUCAAAUAUUGUUUACGUUAUAAUACCUUAUAAUACUAUUAAGUAAUAUACAAACGAUUAGCUUAAAUAGACAAUCAGGUAUAGCUCAAAUGGAGCAUUUUGUAAAAACAAUACUCAUUUGCUAAAUAAUACGUACAGAGUUUUGAAGGGACCAUCCCUCGAACGGAAUGUACGAAAAAAACGUGACCGUGAAAUAAACAGAAAAUUAAGCAUAGUUUUAAUGUAAAAUAACUUAGAUUUUUUAUAAUAAGUUUAUUAUAAAUAUACGAAUCAACUGAGCUGCAUUGUGAUGGAACCCGUCGACCGGCGCUCGCGCCGCGUCUUCAUGUAGUUACCUCUCUCUCUCACUGUCGACUCCCUUCUACACUCGCUGCACUUGUAUGAGGUCACUAAUAUUAACUUCCACAUUUACAGAUGUGAAUCAUGUUUUUUUAGUAUUAAUAUGGUUAAGGACAAAUAAUUCGUUGUGGCAAUAAGUAGAAUGAACAUUUAAGAUUUAUAGUUACAAUUUUUUCAAGUUUUAUAAGAAAGCGUGUUGCUUCUACAUGUACUCAUAGAAUUAAAUUAUCUGAACGAAAUAUUUCUUCGUUAUCUCCUAUCAUCAAUCGAAUAUUUAUUUUCAUGACCACGAUUUUAUUAUUUUAAAUCAAAAUUGUUAGCAAGUGCGCUGUGAGCAAUGCUAUUUGAGACAAUAUUGUUAAAAGCAAGAAUUGAUCCACAUUUUAUACAUAAAUUAUUAAUAGUUAUAUCUGAUAGUAUAGUAAGAUCUUGUUAUGCGUAUGUGCUCAUACGGAUGUUCUCAUAUUCCCUUUAAGUUCAUUAUAAAAUACGAUGCGAUUCAGUUUGUUUGCACUAUACUCGUAUUUAAUUAGGUAACCAUAAAAGUGCUGCAAGUCAUAAUUUAUUGUUAUUAUAAAAAUAUACCCUACUAUUAAUAUUCCCUACGAUAACUGUCUCGCUUGACUGUCAUUCUGUGCAUAUUUAUUAUAACAGAAGAUUUUAGAGAAAUUGAGACAUACAAGUCUGCUAAGUCUGACGCAUCGUCAUAUCAGAUAAAUCAAUAUUAUAGAUUUUGUCAAGUGCAUUGUGCUUUCAUAUCUGUUUAGCGAAUAUUAUAAUAAGCUUAAUAUAGUAUAAUUAUUUAGCUAACGCAAGUUGGGGUAGAAAUCUUUUAAAUGUGUAGUAGAAAAUUGUGUGUAUCUAUUAUAUUCGUCGAAUUUAUACAUUUUAGUCGAAUCUUAUUUUAAUGAAGUUCUUAAUACACAGAUAUUUAGAGAAUCCUUUACCUAGUAUCCAACCCACUUGUGACUGUAGAUUUUACAACGAAAAUAAGUAAACAUACAAUAUAUACAGUAAAUAUAUAAGCACAGAAUACGUUAAUACACUAGUGGAACAUAGCUAAGUGGAGUUGCACCGACUACUGUUGAAGUGUCAGCUGCAAUGAGCAAAAGCACUAUUAAUAAUGGACCUGUAUUAUUAUCAAUCACCCUACGUGGUCUGAUAGAUAGUUUCCAAAUUUCUAUCAGUUUAGUAUCGAAUAUAUAUAAAUAUGGUACCUACUGGGGCCUUGGGAAUGGUCAUACCUCUAUACAAAAUAUGGUAUGCUUAGAAUAAAAUACUUAUAUUGCACCCGUAGCUAGAUUUUGACACAAAAACCUUUAGCAUUACAGCAACGAUGUACGUGUAACUAUACGAGUCUAUGAUAUGCGCAAUUAGGUAAAUAUCAAUUAAUUCAUCUUUUUUAAUAAUUAACAAUUUCAUUUUAUAUAUAGAAAUUAAUAAGUUAUUGUAAGUUCACAUCAUACUGUUAGAGAUAUUUUGGUUGGUUAUGUUUUAUAUUAAAGAUUUAUUCUGCGUUCGUUAACUAAUUAAGAUAAUAUGAACACUAAAGUUAAUUAUAAAGCUGUUGUUGUUGUUGCUAAACAAGUUAUACAAUGUACUCAUGUGAAAUGAUGAAUAAUAUUUCCAAAAGUCAAAUCACGAUAAAAACCCCAUGUAAUAUUAUAUUAACUAUUUUGGGUCUCUGUCGAUUUGCCAUAACAAUCAAUUAAUCAUAAAAAUUAUAUGGCCAAUUGAUUAUGGUGAAGUGACAGAAACUUUGGUUAAACUACGCUUCUGUUCAACAUUCUCAUUUCCAAGUGUCUUUAUCGAGAUUUGACCAUUUAUUAGAGAGACAUGGUCAAUCAAUUAUUCCAAUUUAAAUCAUAAAAUAUAAUUAAUUUUGUGAUCGAGUCUAAACGAUGCAAUAAACAUUAAAUUAAAAGAAGAAGUAAUGUAAGAAACCCCCGACUCCUAAGUUGCUGGUAUCCUUUCAUACGUGAGAAAAGAGCUUUCGGUUUCCAAAUGGCUGAACAUAAAUUUUCCAGCUAAGCUAAGAACACUCUCGAUAAAAUUCUCUUUCAAAUAAAAAAAAAUAGAUGAAAAUCGGCGCAUCCGUUUGGCUGCUAUGCCACGGACAAACAUAUACAGAUACACAGACACCUGAAAGUUACUCCUCUGUAGUCGGGGGUUAAAAAUUCACACGUCAAUUUAUCAGAACCGUCAAAUGUCCAAUUAAUAAUGUUUGAUUAUCUACACAGAAAUGUAUUGGGAUGACCAAUGACCAUGUCUUCCAAUGGAUAAUAUGUUAAUGGAAUUUGAAUGCAUGUUAAUCUAUAUAAUAAAUACCUCUUUUGGUAAGUCAGUAACUGA